CUUUAGUGCACGUUGUAUAUAUACUGUUGCAUACAAUACUGAGCAUGAAAAGCGCAGUAACGGUAAUAUAAGUAGUUCUUUUAACGUCGGCAACAUGAAUGUGUAUGCUUUAGGUUGCCAAUCUCUGCAGUGCCUUCAUCCUUUCGAGGGCGGGCCGCAGCUCACCGAUGUUUGUUCGGCAAGUACAGGAGUUUUGUUUCUAACGCUGCUCAACAACCUCCUAGUCUCGAACCCGCGAAUUGGCGACCCGUGCGGACGCGUCGAUCCUAUCACCAGCCCGAGAUCCAGUUACGAUUUUAUCGUCGUUGGCGCUGGUGCCGCUGGUGCCGCGGUUGCCGGGAGAUUGAGCGAAGUGGAGGAUUGGAAUGUCCUACUAGUCGAAGCGGGUCCGGAUGAACCGGCUGGAGCCGAAGUACCUGGCAAUGCUGCCCUUUACCUCGGCGGUCCAUUGGAUUGGAAAUAUAAAACGUCGAACGAAUCGUUCGCCUGCCUAAGCACAAACGGAAGCUGUUAUUGGCCUCGAGGUAAGAAUCUCGGAGGUACAACGCUUCACCAUGGCAUGGCUUAUCAACGCGGACAACCCAAAGAUUAUCAAAGAUGGGCUGAAUUUGGCAUUGAAGGCUGGAGCUGGGAUGACGUCCUCCCAUACUUUUUUAAAUCGGAGAACAAUACGGAAAUAGGAACACUUGUGAGUUCGAAAUAUCAUACUACCGGUGGACCAAUGACUGUUCAAAGAUUCCCUUAUCAGCCCGGCUUUGCUUGGGAAAUCCUGAAAGCGUCGGAGGAAGCGGGUCUCGGCAUCAGCGACGAUCUGACAGGGGCGAACCUCACUGGUUUCGCAGUGACUCAGACUAUCAGCCGGGACGGUGUGAGACUGACGACUGCUGGGGCAUUUAUUAGACCGGUGGCGCAUCGUAAGAACCUCCACGUGGCUACGAACGCUUUGGCGACGAAAGUCACGCUGGUUAACAACCGUGCCGAAGGCAUCGAAAUGUUGAUGAAUGGGAAGACGUAUAAAGUACGCGCGAAACGUGAAGUAAUUUUAUCAGCCGGCGCGAUAAACACGCCGCAGUUGUUAAUGCUGUCAGGAAUCGGCCCUAAAGAACACCUGGGAUCAAAGAACAUCCGUGUGGCUGUGGAUCUACCAGGCGUCGGGGAAAACCUUCAUAAUCAUCACUCAUAUAUGCUAGCUUACACGUUGAACGAGACGUCGACUGCUCAGUUCACCGGUAACAACGCGGCAUUGUAUCUGUUCAAUCAAACCGGGCCGCUCUCCAGCACGGGUUUGUCUCAGGUCACCGCGAAACUGGUGUCUAAUUUUAGUACGUCGGACGACCCGGACAUUCAGAUAUUCUGUGCCGGUUACCGAGCCUCGUGUCGAGCGACAAGCAACGCCAACGAGACGGUCGUCACCUUCGCGUCAGUGAAUAUUAGACCGAAGAGCAGAGGCCGGAUCACGUUGAACAGCAACAAUCCAUUGGAUCUACCGUACAUCUGGAGUAACGAUUUGGGAACCGAUGAAGACAUUAACCUCGUCAUUCAAGGGAUUCGUUACAUCGAGAAACUGAUGAACACAACGACGAUGAGAAAUCACGACCCGACGCUUGAAAAUGUGUCCAUACCAGCGUGCGCCAAUCUCACGUAUGACAGCGACGAGUUUUGGAAAUGUGCUGUACAGUGGAACACGAAACCGGAGAAUCAUCAAGCCGGUACCGCGAGAAUGGGUCUAGCUUCAGAUCCGAUGGCAGUAGUUGACACAAAAUUGAGAGUGCACGGUGUCAAGCGAUUGAGAGUAGCUGAUGCAUCCGUCAUGCCUAUAGUAAUAUCGGGCAAUCCCGUUGCCACGAUCACCAUGAUCGGGGAAAGAGCCGCGGACUUCAUUAAGGCAGAUAAUAUACGCAGGGAUACACAGCCGACUCCAUCACCGACUACAACAAACCCGCUAAAAGAGAUACAACAAGACAUACAGAAUGGAUACGAUUCGUUUCAGAAGAAAAAGAAACAGUUUCAAGAACAGUUAGCAAACCAAUUUGGCGUGCCUAUACCUCAAUGAUGGGAGUCAAAUAUGUACUUCAAAAGUAAAAGAAUUUAAACAAUAAACAAUCAUAUCUUUUUCAAGCAUUAAAAA